UUUUCCCUCAUGCCCAUUUUGUUCUUUUUUCAAUUCUCCAGAGCAUCACAUGAAUUUUGUCAACCAAUUAAAAUCGGUAAAAUAAGCAAGGGAGUAGGAAAACGAAGAUCAGAAGAGUCAUUGUCAAUAUAGCUGGUAGUCCGUCAUUUCUCGUGUUCUUUAUAGUUUUGCUCUCCCACCACCAAUCUUGCGAAGUAGGGUUUCUGGGGUUUCCUCCUUGUCGAUACGGUUCCGAUGAUUUCUUGAAUGAUUCCCUGGUUUUGAUGCUUGCCAUCUUCUGUUCUUAACAUAUGACUUCUCCUUUGGUUUGAUUUUUUUAUUUCACAUCUGUUUCGAGUUCUUACAAUUAUGAAAGUUCUAUUCAUCCUCUCCUUAUGGAUUCAUUUAGCCUUAGGAUCUGUUCCUGAGGAUAACUAUCUCAUUGAUUGUGGAUCUCGUACCAAUAAUACUGCCGGAAGCCGGAAUUUUUCUGCUGAUAACCCUCAUUCGUACAUUCUUUCGACCUCUCAAACUGUCCUUGCUGACACGAACUCGACUUCUCCAUUGUCAUCCUCUUAUGAUCCGUCGCUCUUUCUCACGGCACGAAUCUUCAACAGCUUCUCCCAGUACAAGUUCCCGAUCCGGGAAAAGGGCUGGCACUUUGUCCGGCUCUAUUUCUUUCCGUUCGUGUUUGAGAACUAUAAUCUGAGCAGAGCUGAGUUCUCAGUUUCAGUGCAGAACGUCACCCUCCUCAGGAACUUCCGAAUAGAGAGCGGCGUGACUGUGAAGGAAUACUCUUUCAAUGUUUCUUCUAAUCAAAUAGUUCUUACUUUCAGCCCGAACUCCGGCUCAUUCGCAUUCAUAAAUGCCUUGGAAAUCACUUCCAUUCCCAGUGAGGUCAUCCCUGCUGGAGCAAACAGCAUCGACACGCCGGCAAGAGUUUACCUGGAUUUUCAUAAUCGCGCCUUGGAGACAGUUGCAAGGGUAAAUAUGGGAAAUAUGACAGUUCUACCUCAGAAUGACUCCCUCUGGAGGCUCUGGGUCUCAGAUGACGCGUCCCGCAAGCAAGACAAAGUCAAGUUCGUUAACGAACCUGAGGCUGUCUCGUACAAGCCGGGCGGGCCUACGGAGAAUAUAGCGCCAGUCUCUGUAUACGGAACUGCCACAACGGCAGACCCAGAGCCCGAACUUUCCUACAAUGCCAACCUGACCUGGCUCUUCCAGGUAGAUCCAGGUUUUGAGUACUUGGUUCGGUUCCAUUUCUGUGAUAUAAUGAACUCCUCUCUGCGACCCUUCCUGUUUCAUGUCUAUGUGAACUCGAGAUUCGCCUAUCAGGGACUCAAUCUCGGGAGCUUGACCACUCUAGGAGCCCCAUACUUUUUUGAUGUGGUAGCCAGCCCGACCGAUCAGGGUGACAUGGCUGUGCGCUUGGCCCCUUCUGAUGCUGGGCAGUAUCCUACGGUGAUCCUGAACGGGUUGGAGAUCAUGAAGUUGAGUAAUUCCAAGGAAAGCCUCGAUGCAUCAGAUGCAGAAUUUAGGUCCUCCGGGAAACGAUCGAGGAAGAAAACCGUCAUCAUAAUCGGUUUGGCGAGUGGAAUUUUCCUUGUCGCAGCCGUCCUAGUUGCUUUGGCACUCCUCUUGAUCUGCGGAAAGAGGAGAAAACUAACAGUCGUCCGGCACUCCAAUGAAGAGGAUCAAUUCAGGCCAAACCGAGCCGAAGAGAAGGAUCACGAGGCUGGGUUUGCCAUGAUUUCAAGCUCGAAAAUCGGGUAUAGGUUCCCAUUUGGAGUCAUCGAGGAGGCGACCGAUAAGUUCAGCGAGAGUUUGGUAAUUGGAGUUGGUGGUUUUGGCAAGGUUUACAAGGGAGUUCUAAGAGAUGGAACAACAUUGGCAGUUAAGAGGGGAUCCGGUAAAUCGAACCAGGGCCUCCAAGAGUUCAGGACUGAGAUCGAGAUGUUGUCUCAAUUCCGACACCGCCACUUGGUUUCAUUGAUCGGUUACUGCGAUGAGCUGGAUGAGAUGAUCAUCAUCUACGAGUUCAUGGAGAAUGGUACGGUGAAGAACCAUCUGUAUGGUUCUGACUUCCCGGUGCUGUCGUAUAGGCAGAGGCUCGAGAUCUGCAUCGGGUCUGCAAAGGGGCUGCACUACCUCCACACUGGUACAGCCAAGGCCAUAAUCCAUCGGGACGUGAAGUCGGCGAACAUACUACUAGACGAGAAUUUCAUGGCGAAAGUCGCUGAUUUCGGGCUCUCUAAAACCGGCCCAGACCUGAAUGAGACGCAUGUCAGCACUGCCAUUAAGGGGAGCUUCGGGUACCUCGACCCGGAGUACCUUAUACGCCAGCAGCUGACGGAGAAAUCUGAUGUGUACUCCUUCGGGGUGGUGAUGCUGGAGGUCCUCUCGGGGAGGCCCGUCAUCGACCCGUCUCGGCCUAGGGAAGAGGUCAACUUGGUCGAGUGGGCCAAGAAGUGGCAAAUGAAAGGGAAGCUCCACGAGAUCGUGGACCCACGGAUCGCAGGCCAAAUGAAGGACGAGUCCCUGAUCAAGUUCGUGGAGAUAGCCGCAAAGUGCUUGGCAGGGAGCGGAGCAGACCGUCCCUCGAUGGGAGACGUGCUGUGGAAUCUCGAGUUUGCCCUUCAGCUCGAGGGAAAGGACGUGAAGCCGAGCCAAAGCGAGGGGUUCUUGUCGGGAAUAAACCGAUCGGAGAUAAGCGUAUCGACUCCGGAGUUCAGCAUGAGGAGCAUGGGGGAUCUCGCCGGUGUAUCAAUGAGUAAAGUUUUUGCCAGAAUGGUGAAAGAAGAGAUGAGAUAAGAUAAUUGAUGUCCAAAUGUACUAUGUGCUCAUAUGAUGUAGAGCCAUAGGAAUUUCGAUUUUGUGCGACCGAAGGAUGUUUUUUAUGACAGGACUUGCCUUUUGAGAGGUUGUUUUCCGAUUGUUCACUGAUGAGUGAGUGUUUACAUGAAUUUCUCUAUAAUAAAACAUAAUGUUUAGGAAAA